GUGCUUGACGUGCUUGACGUGCUUGGUCGUGCUGUAAGCUGCAAGUGGUACAUACGCGUGUACGUGCAUCGUCCGGCAUUCCGAGUGGUUCGCGGCGAGAUGAGGGUCCACGACGACGCGGAUCCCAAAUACAGCGCAAUGGGGAAGUCGUCCAAAUUAGCUAUGAAGCGGCCCAGCGCCGUCGUGUUCCGCGAAAAUCCUGGCAAAGUGCGGAAAACGAGCGAGGAUAAUAAAGUCGCGAGCGCGACAAAGAAUAGCGACAAAACGAACAGUGGCUUACAUCAGCGAAGAAAAUCGCUGCCCGUCUAUAUGCUCCGUAAACGACUGUUGGACGAGAUACGCCGGCACAAUACUCUUAUCAUAAUAGGUGAGACUGGUAGCGGUAAAACCACGCAAAUUCCACAGCUGUUGCUCCACGCUGGGAUUGCUGGGUCCUCCGGUUGCAUCGGCAUCACACAACCGCGUAGAAUUGCGGCGGUCAGCAUAGCGCGCCGGGUCGCCCAGGAACAAGGGGCGAAACCAGGAAAGUUGGUGGGCUACUGUGUUCGUUUCGAGGAUUGCACCUCUGCGCAGACGAGGAUCAAAUAUUUAACGGACGGCAUGAUGGUGCGAGAGGCGAUGACUGACGAGAUUCUGUCGGAUUACUCGGUGGUAAUACUCGACGAAGCUCACGAGCGAUCUGUGCAGACUGACGUUUUGUUUGGUGUGGCGAGACGAGCGCAGAAUUUGCGCAAAUUGAAGAAUCUGCCGCCUUUAAAACUUUUAAUUAUGUCGGCCACGAUGGAUCCUAUUAAAUUCAAGGAAUAUUUCCAAGCGCCGGCGUUGUAUUUGGAAGGUCGUCAACAUCCUGUGAGGAUUUUUCACGCGGUUACCUCGCAGCAGGAUUAUGCAUUCGCCGCGUUAGCUACGGCGUUUCAAAUUCACCGUGAGGCACCCGCAAAUGAGGAUAUUCUCAUUUUUUUGACUGGCCAAGAAGAAAUAGAAGCAGCUGCAAUAGCUGCCCGACAAGUGGCUAAACGACUGGAUGGACAAGACUAUCCGCCUCUAAAAGUUUUUCCCUUAUACGCGGCUCUGCCCACUCACCAGCAAUUAGAGGCCUUCAAACCUUCGGCACCGGGAAUGCGGAAAUUAAUACUAUCGACAAAUGUUGCCGAGACAUCCGUCACGAUUGGCGGAAUCCGCCACGUGAUCGAUACCGGUGUUGUCAAAGCGAGAACACAUCAUCCAACGACGGGGUUAGAUGUGUUGAGGGUUGAGAAAAUCUCACAGGCUCAGGCCUGGCAAAGGGCGGGUAGAGCCGCUCGCGAAGCACCAGGCAGGUGUUAUAGAGCUUAUACACGAGAAGAGUUCGAGAAGAUGAAGGACAUGCCGAUACCAGAAAUUCAAAGGUGUUCUCUCGCGGGAGUCGCUCUGCAACUGCUCGCUAUUGGCGUCGACAUUACCACCUUCGAUUUUAUGGAUAAACCGCCUAAAGAGAGUAUAAACGUGGCCGUGAAUUGUUUAGAAAAACUAGGUGCAGUUAAAGGAUCUCCACCGCAGCUGACUACGCUUGGCCGAACGAUGUCACUGUUCCCGUUAGACCCUCGAUUUACCAAAGUGAUCCUUGCGUCGGUGGAACACAGGUGUUUGGAGGAAGCACUGACGGUUAUCGCUUUAUUAUCAGGAGAAUCGAUUUUCAUGGACCCUCCCAUGAAGAGAGAACAGGCUCACAAUGCACGCUCACGAUUUGCUUCGCCUGAGGGAGAUCACGUAAUGUUAUUGAAUGUGUUCCGAGCAUACCAAAGCGUUACGCAGAAGAAAGUGUGGUGCCAAGAGAACUUCUUGCACCAUCGAAAUCUGGAGUACGGGUCGGAAGUGAGGCAACAGCUUGCAGCGUUGGCGGAACGUGCGAAUUUGGAGAAGGUGAGCUGCGGGACGAAUACGAAGCAACUCAGAAAAGCUUUCCUCGAGGGAUUAUACGAGAAUCUCGCUGAGCUGCAGAGGGAUCAGACGUAUGUCACGGUGUAUUCGAAGCAGUCGGUAACCAUACACCCUUCUUCAACGUUGCACGGUACAAAGCCGCCGUUGCUGCUGUUCACUGAGGUCGUAGCCACUGGAAGAUGUUACCUUCGCGGUCUAUCUACCAUCGAUCCGGCGUGGUUGACGCAGAAGAACAUCGGCCCUGGGAAACGCGACUGACGCAAUUUUUUAUCUUACGACGUUAUUUAUACAGAGCUUAUUUUUGUUGACGUGAGAUGGAAUAAUUGAGGCCACUGAGUAAUGGGUAUGACAAAGUGAUUUUUUUCGAUUGAUUAUGGAAACGAUAUAAUUAUAAAAAAAGAUUACUGCGUUGUCUUACGUAUACAUUUAUUCAGCGGUGUCAAUUACGGCCACUGAGCCCUUUUUCAUAUGGACGCAAUUUUGUUGUAGAUAUAUUAUUAAGAAGAAUCACUUUUUCUACUACUUGUACGCUUUAAGCACUGUUAUUAAAUUUAGUUAAUACAAAUUUUAAUCAUCUUA